AUAUUGGCUGGGAAAAUAAUUGUCUGCGGUGGUCACACCUUUUGCACACGUUUUCAUCUGCAGAUGCAAUUUGUAUGAGAAGUUUUUAAAACUCAGUUAUAAACCUAAACACGCAGCAUGCCAGAACAGGACCAACCAAGUAGCACCGACACACCAGCCGGUGAUGGUGGGCCACCAAAGACGGCCAAACAAUUGGAAAAGGAGGCCAAGAAAGCUGAAAAAUUAGCCAAAUUACAGGCCAAGUUGGAUAAAAAGGCAUCAGCAGCACCAGCGGCGGGUGAAAAGAAAGAAAAACCUGAGAAACGCACCAAAGAAGUCAAAGAAGCAGCAGUUUAUACAGCCAGCACAGCGCCUGGCGAAAAGAAGGAUAUCAGUGGAGCACUUCCUGAUGCGUAUAGUCCACGGUAUGUGGAGGCGCAGUGGUACAGCUGGUGGGAGAAGCAGGGAUUCUUUACACCGGAAUAUGGCCGUGAUUCUAUUGAUGCAGCUAAUCCGAAUGGGAAAUUUAUAAUGGUCAUACCCCCUCCAAAUGUAACGGGUUCCCUUCAUUUGGGUCAUGCGCUGACCAAUGCCAUUGAGGAUGCAAUCACGCGUUAUCAUCGCAUGAAGGGACGCACGACAUUGUGGGUACCGGGUUGUGACCAUGCAGGCAUUGCUACGCAGGUAGUGGUGGAGAAGUUACUUUCGCGAGAGGAAGGUCUGUCGCGACAUGAUCUAGGGCGCGAGAAAUUCAUCGAACGUAUAUGGAACUGGAGACGUGAGAAGGGUGGUCGAAUCUAUGAUCAACUGAAGGCCUUAGGUUCUUCUUACGAUUGGACGCGUGUGAACUUUACCAUGGAUCCGAAACUGUGUCGCGCCGUUACGGAGGCUUUUGUGCGUCUGCAUGAACAGGGAGCUGUUUAUCGCAGUUCACGCUUGGUGAAUUGGUCGUGCUCACUGCGCUCCGCCAUCUCAGAUAUUGAAGUGGAUAAGGUGGAACUGUCCGGACGCACAUUCCUAAGCAUACCCGGCUACGAGGACAAGGUUGAAUUCGGUGUGCUCAUUAAGUUCGCUUACAAGGUAGAGGGUAGCGACGAGGAGAUCAUUGUGGCCACCACUCGCAUUGAGACCAUGCUGGGUGAUACGGCUGUAGCUGUACAUCCACAAGACGAACGCUACAAGCAUCUGAUUGGCAAGCAUGUAGUGCAUCCGUUCUGCGAUCGCCGCCUGCCCAUUGUGAGCGAUGACUUUGUGGAUAUGAAUUUUGGUACGGGCGCCGUUAAGAUAACACCAGCCCACGAUCCCAAUGACUACGAGGUGGGAAAACGCUGUAAUCUGCCAUUCAUUACCAUAUUCAAUGAUGAUGGCUUCAUCAUUGGAGAUUAUGGCCAGUUCACGGGACUCAAGCGUUUCGAUUGCCGAAAGCAGCUGCUGGAGAAGCUUAAGGAGUUGGGACUCUACCGCGAAACGCUCAACAAUGCAAUGGUCGUGCCCAUUUGUAGUCGUUCCAAGGAUGUGGUGGAGCCACUGAUCAAGCCUCAAUGGUAUGUCAGCUGCUCGGACAUGGCAGCAGCUGCCACGGAAUCUGUGCGCUCUGGUGAGCUAAAGAUUGUGCCGGAGCAUCACACAAAGACUUGGUAUCAUUGGAUGGAUGGCAUUCGGGACUGGUGUGUGUCACGGCAACUCUGGUGGGGUCAUCGCAUACCAGCCUACCAUGUGAGCUUUAAUGAUGCCAGCAUUAAAGCCAGUACGCCUGAUGAUGAACAGUAUUGGAUUGUGGCACGUAGUAAAGAAGAGGCUUUGAGCAAGGCAGCUGCACGCUUCGGUGUAGAUGCCAGCAAAAUUGUGUUGCAACAGGAUGAGGAUGUGCUGGACACAUGGUUCAGUUCCGGUCUAUUUCCAUUCUCCGUGUUCGGUUGGCCCGACAACACGGCUGAUUUGCAGGCCUUCUAUCCUACUUCGCUGCUAGAGACGGGCCACGAUAUACUUUUCUUCUGGGUGGCUCGAAUGGUCUUCUUUGGCCAGAAGCUGUUGGGCAAGCUGCCCUUCAAGGAGGUCUAUUUGCAUCCAAUGGUGCGUGAUGCGCACGGACGCAAAAUGUCCAAGUCGCUCGGAAAUGUUAUCGAUCCCAUGGAUGUGAUACAUGGUAUUACACUAGAAGGUCUACACGAGCAACUCAUUGGUUCCAAUUUGGAUCCACGUGAGAUUGAGAAAGCCAAGUUGGGUCAGAAACAGGACUAUCCACAGGGUAUACCCGAGUGCGGCUCGGAUGCGCUACGAUUUGCUCUGUGUGCCUAUAUUACCCAAGCUCGUGAUAUUAACCUGGAUAUCAAUCGCGUGCAGGGCUAUCGUUUCUUCUGCAACAAGCUCUGGAAUGCAACGAAAUUCGCCCUACUCUACUUUACCGGGGAUGAACGUUACGAUACGAAAGUGACAAUCUCUGAGCAAUCGAAUCAAAUGGAUGCCUGGAUUCUGUCCCGAUUGGCAGCUACCAUUGAGACGUGUAAUGUUGGCUUUGAUUCCUACGACUUUGCGGCAGCAACCAGCGCCUGCUACGCCUUCUGGCUAUACGAUGUAUGUGAUGUGUAUUUGGAGUGCCUGAAACCGAUCUUCCAGAGCGGCAACGCUGAACAGCAGUCGGCGGCUAGGCGUACUUUGUAUGUUUGCCUGGAUUAUGGCCUACGUCUUCUCUCGCCGUUUAUGCCCUUCAUCACCGAGGAGCUGUUCCAGCGUCUGCCUAGGGCAGAGAAGACGCCCAGUAUCUGCGUAGCCAGUUAUCCAACGAACACCAGCUGGCGCAACGUACAGGUUGAAUCCGAUGUGGAAUUUGUGCAAAAGGCAGCGCGCGUAAUACGCUCUGCCCGCUCCGACUACAAUUUGCCCAACAAGACCAAGACGGAAGCCUAUAUCGUGUGCACAGAUCCAGCGCCCAAUGCGAUACUCAAACGUUAUGCCAGCGAUUUGUCCACUAUUGCCUACUGCUCCACUGUGGCGUUCGAUACUGCACCACCCGCCGGCUGCGCGAUACUCACUGUUUCAGGACAGUGUGAGGUGCAUUUACUGCUCAAAGGUCUGAUCGAGGCGGACAAGGAGAUUGCCAAAUUGCACAAGAAACGCGAUCAACUGGAGCAGACCGUCAGCAAACUCAGCCAGGCCAUUCAGGCCUCCGAUUAUGCCACCAAGGUACCCGCCGAGGUGCAAGCGGCCAAUGAGACAAAGCUAAACGAAUCCCGUACUGAAAUCGAACGCAUUGCUGCUGCCAUCGAGACCCUAAAGUUAAUGUGAAGCAAUAAAUACUUGGGUUGGUGCUGAACUAUGAACUACAUGUUUGUUGAUAUUUUCCGAGACGCUUGACUAUACUCGCUUAAAAAAUAUAUAGGAAAAACUGUAAUGCAUUUCUGUUGCUUAAAAUUUUUUAUUAAUAGCUACAAUUUAUAAAAUAUGUACUAAUUUAUCAAAUGCAAGACAUGAUUUUUAAAAAGUAA